AUGCCCGAUAUCCCCAAACCCCAACAAUACACGCAGCUAGAGCGCUGGUGCGGUACAAUUAAUUCCACGCAGCCCAUCAGACGUAAGCGUGCUCGUUGUACCACAACAGAAAAUGGCGCUGUAGGAAGGAUAUCGACAGCUCACUUGGUGUUGGCUUCGCCUGAGUUGCUUAUACCUCUAGGCAGUGCGGCGGAGGUGUCCAGCACCCGUGCCGCCAUCCAGUUCGCCUACACGGGUCAAGUGGCCGCCGGCAGCGUCCGCGAGGCUCUGGAGGUUCGGCGGCAGGGCGGCUACCUGCAGAUCCACGGCUGCGCGGCGGCGUGUGAUGAACUCAUAAAGAGACUGAUAAAGGAGGUCGCAGAACAAGCCAGAACGCUGAAAUACAGGAACUGCAUGGAAGCCGCAAGAACCGCCCUCCCAGUUUUCCAGUUGGCAGUUUCAAGGGACGGUGGCCGGCAGGGCGGGGGCGGCAGCUUUGUUGGCAGCGGUAAUAGCCCUAGCGGCAGCGAUAACAGCAGUGUUGGAGGAGGUGGUUGUAACGGAAGAUGGUCAUUUCACGCACCACUUGGGGGGGUGCGUGAGCUGUGCGAAUGCCAGGAGCUGUGGCCUGAUGAUGCCAGGGCACAAGCCAGCUUCGCAGAUGUUCUGACCUGUGCUGGCGACUGCCUGGCGUCUCACUUUGGCAGCACACUUGCCGUUCUCAACAGCCCCCUGCUCAACAAGCGGCUGUUGUCGCUGCCCGCCAUCGCGCUGGAGUUGCUCCUGUGCUCUGACGACUUGGCCACAGACUGCGAGUCCAGCGUGUUGCUGCUGCUGGCCACGUGGAUGCGGGAGAACUUCCACAAAACGAAUGACGAAGAUCGCGAGCGCCUGUGCCGUACGGUACGACUGGCUCAGCUGAGCCGGCCGUACGCUGGUACAAUCUUGCCAGCUCUGGCGGCGGACUACGAAUUGGCCAUGGCUAGGAACUUUGAUGUUGGAAACGAUGGCAAUGAGGAUGAUCAGUGUGGCUGGUUUCCGAUCGGCGUGUCGGAAGCGGCUUUCAUAGCCAACAUCGUAAGCGCCCGUGACGAGUGCGAGCAAGCUCUGCUGAUGGACCUCGUUGAAGAGAGGGCCAAGGACCCGAAGCGGCGCGCUACUUACAACCCCAAGCAACGGCCGCAGUGCAUUCCGGAAACGGGUUUCAUAGUCCAGUGGCAUGCACGGCAGGAAGAUCUGCUUGCGGCCCUAGCGGAGUUGAACUGCAGGGACAGAAAUCAGACGUGCGCAGCAGUGGAGUGCGUGUUUGACGGCCAAGUGGCGCAGGCAGAGGCGGGAGGCAGCGGAGGCGGAGGCGAUGGUGCUGAGUACUGCUUUGCGGCAGGCAUUGCAUAUUCCGUUUGGAUCGAGGUCUACGCCGCAGGAACACAGCCGCAGCCUCUCCUUGAACAACAGCAGCAGCAGCAGCGGUUCGCGGGGCUAUAUGUCCAGUGUGACUUGCCGCCCGCGUUUGCGGUGCCUGGGUCACGAUUGUGUGAGGAGGCCGCGUGUCGGAUGGUGGUGCGCGACACGGUUGAGUUGGCGGUGAACCGGUGGCAGGAUGGCUGCCGUAAGGACAUUAGAUGCCGCUCCCAGGCGGGCUUAAUGGACCUGAAACACUGCUGGGGCUGGAGCAAUGCGCUACCACUGAAUCAACACCCAACACAACAGCACCCCCAGCAGCUGCAGCACCAGCACCAGCAGCAGGAUACAGGCGGCGGAGGCGGCGGAAGUAAUUGCAGCGACCCACGGGUCAUCGAUGGUGAUUGUGCUGGCAGCGUCGACAGUCUAUUGGGGCCCUGGUCCAAUUAUCUGCGGGAUGGCAAAAUUACGGGAUCGUUGACAUUGCGAUUGGCCAAGACGUGA